UUCUGCUCUAUAUUUCACAGGCAAAAAAGCUGACUUCAACUCUCCUGUCAUCAACACCAGUUUAAAAAAGGGAUAAGUCAGACAGCCCUGAAGUUAUAGUGCUAAUAUACACAAAACUUGACUUUUGUGAGAGUUACACUUUUAAGGAGAACAGGAUAAGGCCAUAUCCGUCUAACCAUGAAGGUAGGUGUGAUUAACACCCAGCACUCCUGUGUAAACAUACCCACAGUGACAGUAGAAGACACAGACAUGGACAAAGAACUAACAGAGAGCGGAGAAAGCAGAUUUCCAAGGAAACCAUAUAUGCAUGGUGGCACUGCACUCUACAAUGUUAACAACAACAGUAAUAAAGAUGAAGAAGAGAAAAAGAAAAAGAAAAAAGAGAAGAAGAGCAAGUCUGAAGAUAAAAAGAAAAAGGAUCCAGAUGCACAAAAAAGCAAGGGAAAAAAGGAAAAACAUAAAACUAAAGAAAAAGAUAAAGAAAAAAAUAAAGAUAAAGAAAAAGAUAAAGAAAAAAAGAAAGACAUUUUUGUUAUUGACCCAGCAGGAAAUACGUAUUACAACUGGCUGUUCUGUAUCACGAUGCCUGUCAUGUACAACUGGACCAUGAUCAUUGCUAGAGCCUGCUUUGAUGAACUUCAGAAUGACAACUUAACCAUGUGGUUCUUUUUGGAUUAUUCUUCAGAUAUUAUCUAUGUUGCUGACAUGUUUGUACGGACAAGAACAGGGUACCUGGAGCAAGGCUUGUUGGUGAGAGAAGAAAAGAAACUCAGAGAGAAAUAUAAGGCAUCUUCCCAAUUUAAACUAGAUGUCUUCUCAGUCGUACCAACUGAUCUACUGUACUUCAAGUUAGGGCUGAACUACCCAGAGUUAAGACUAAAUAGAUUGCUUAGAGUAGGUCGAAUGUUUGAGUUCUUUCAGCGAACAGAAACAAGGACAAACUACCCAAAUAUCUUCAGGAUCUCUAAUCUUGUCAUGUACAUUGUGAUUAUUAUUCACUGGAAUGCUUGUGUCUACUACUCAAUCUCCAAAGCAAUUGGAUUUGGGGCGGACACUUGGGUCUAUCCCGACACUUCUGAUCCUGAAUUUGCUCGCCUGAUUAGAAAAUAUGUAUAUAGCCUCUACUGGUCAACACUAACAUUGACCACUAUUGGUGAAACACCUCCUCCUGUAAAGGACUCUGAAUACUUUUUUGUAGUUGCUGACUUCUUGGUUGGAGUACUGAUCUUUGCUACUAUUGUUGGUAAUGUUGGCUCAAUGAUUUCCAAUAUGAAUGCAGCCAGAGCAGAGUUUCAAGCAAGGAUUGAUGCCAUUAAACAGUAUAUGCAUUUUCGAAAUGUGAGUAAAGACAUGGAAAAAAGAGUUAUCAAGUGGUUUGACUACCUGUGGACGAAUAAAAAGGCAGUGGAUGAAAGGGAAGUUUUGAAGUAUCUACCAGAUAAACUAAGAGCAGAGAUUGCAAUCAACGUUCAUUUGGAUACAUUGAAGAAAGUCCGGAUCUUUGCAGAUUGUGAAGCUGGCUUGUUGGUUGAAUUAGUCUUAAAACUCCGGCCUCAAGUCUACAGUCCUGGAGAUUAUAUUUGCCGGAAGGGGGAUAUUGGACGAGAAAUGUAUAUUAUCAAAGAAGGCAAACUUGCUGUGGUAGCUGAUGAUGGAAUUACACAAUUUGUGGUUCUUAGUGAUGGCAGCUACUUUGGGGAGAUUAGCAUUCUUAAUAUCAAAGGUAGCAAAGCUGGCAAUCGAAGAACAGCCAACAUUAAAAGCAUUGGGUACUCAGAUUUGUUUUGUCUCUCUAAAGAUGACCUCAUGGAGGCUUUAACAGAGUACCCAGAUGCAAAGGCCAUGCUGGAAGAGAAGGGUAAGCAAAUCCUGAUGAAGGAUGGCCUACUGGAUUUAGAAAUUGCAAGUUUAGGAGCUGAUCCAAAAGAUGUGGAUGAGAAGGUCACAUUUAUAGAAGGGGCAGUGGACAGGUUACAAACAAAACUUGCAAGGCUUUUGGCUGAGUAUGAUGCCGGACAGCAGAAACUGAAAAAGAGACUGACAAAAGUUGAGAAAAUCCUGAAACGAAGCACGGAGCUUGAAUUUUCAGAUUUAGAAGACUUAGAACCUGGAGGUUCUAAACAAGAAUAAAAUACAGGGGAUUGCUGCUGGCAGCUACAGCCAAAUCA